AUGGGCUGAAGCAAUGCAAGGACUAUUAAAGUUCAAGCCAAUGUUACUAAAUUUCCUGACCAGAAGCAACCCUUAGGCGAGAACAAACCUAGCGAGAAGAAAUGGUGGAACCUUGUCAAUGAGAACCGUGGUCUUGAUAGGAGAGAGAAAAAGGAAAAUAAUGUUCAAGACAACCCUGGCUGGGCCAACCAGUUUAGUAAACCACCUGAGCUCAGUAAGGAUGCACUCUUUGGUAGAGCUAAAUCUCCUCUGAAGCAGCUAAAAUUUGAGAAGAACAAAUUUUUGAAAGAUGCUACUAAUAUGGGAUCUGAAGACCCAAUGAGAAACACAAAUGAGCUGAUUAGGCGAAAUCAGAAUAAGUCUAAUCGGGAUAUUGAUGAUGUAAGGAAGGGAAUUGACCAGUUAAAUGAUCUUUUUGGUUCAAAAGAUUUCAGUAUGAAUCCGAAUGAUAUGGAUAAAAGUGGAGACAUAAAUGCAUUACUCAAUGAUCUGGUAACUUCUCAGGAUAGGAAAUUAUAUAAGUUUAGAGAGAAUGGUGGAGAAGUAAAAUAACUCUUCAACUUUAAACAUACUAGAUGGAAACAUUGAAGGAAGUGGCUUGAUACAAUUCGAUCAUGAAUUAUACUCUAACAUGGACCAAUCAUAUAAAAUUAAUCUUUCAAGCAAAGAAGGGUCUGCUCUUGGAUUCCAGGUCUCUCAGAGUGGAUUUGGAAAUACCCUUACUGCAAAAAAUCAUCACACAACAGUAAAAAGAAAUGUCUCCCCUAAUAUUACAUCCUUCGAUUUCAGCAGCAAACAGCAGGACACCAAUCAGGAUGAACACCGUAACUAUGAAGAUGAUCUGGAUCGACUCCUCAGCUAAAUCCGUCCAAUUUCAUAAUUUUCAAACACAUCAGAACCAAUAUCUGU